GGUUUUCGAAAUACAAGUAAACGAAUAACCAACUGACAACAUAAGUUCGUAUAAAUAGUACUACAAGUACUCCUAAAGGCUGCAGGUCGAAGUGAAGUUUCGUAUUAUUCAAAAUAUCUAAUAAUGGAGGAGAGUUGUUUGACAGGAACAGUCAACACAACUGUCAAGAGAAGAGUAAAGAGAAGGCCUUCAGUUAUUCAUCAGGCUAGAAAGGUAGUCAAUUCACAGGAAAAGAGUUUACACAAGUCCAUGCUGUCUCGUUCGAGACUUGGGAGCUGUACAAAUCAUAAGAGAAAAAUCCAAGCUUUGCUAGCUAACAAUAAAGCCUUGGCUCAAGCUUUAGAGGUUUCCAAGUGUGAAUUACGUCAGAGAGAUGAAGUUAUCCUAGAAUUGUGUCGUCAAAAUAGCUUAACAGUACCUACGUUAAUUAAAGGUAAGCUCCAGGAAGUCUGUAACCAUUUGCAUUCUAUGGUUAAGAUACUACAAGAAGCUCUUACCCUGUGUGAUCGACCUGAGGAUUCCACUGUACUACUUACCUGUAGUGAUGAGACUAACAAGUCACUAAAGGUUGAUCAGUCACAAAGUGUAACAAGUACCAUUACUCCUGUACAUGUUCAAGCUAAGAAUAAGAAGAGUUUUCUUGGACAAAACAAGAGUACAAAAUUCGAAAAACCUGCGGAAAAUCUUCUCAAAAAACAUAAAAGUGACACAUCUCAAGAUACACCCUGUUUGUUGAAAGUUUCUCAGUUUAAAUCAAACAACCAAGCACCUGCAAGUGAAAUGACACCCAUUAUUGAACAGUCUUUCUUAGUGGAGGAAGAGGCUCUACCUUUCUUAAUUGAAGAUAAAGAUACCACAAGUGUUUUAAUAUCUGAUGAUAUCAUAUCUCACGUGCACAUCAACAACAAGAGGAGGUACUCAUCAAGAAUUGAAGGGAAGCAAAAGUCACUAGAGUUUGUAGAAGAAAUACAUACAGGAAGUGGAGAUGGUGACAGUCUUGAUUUGUUAUCAGAAGGAGGGUUAGCAGAAGAAACCCUAGAAUCUUGUAGGCAGUUUCAUCCUUCUGUUUUACUUGAAAGACUAUCACAUGAUCCAAUUACAGGUAGCAAUCUUGGUGAUAUUUUGCCCAAUACAAUAAAAUCAAAACGUGCAAUAGAAGAACAGGAAUUUAAUAACAACAUUGAUUUGUCUGUCACACCCAAGUUACCAAAACUUCAUAGUAAGAUUCCUGUUGUAAAAUCUUCAAAAACUGAAAGUGAUAAAAAGUUAAACUCGGCCCAGAAUCGUAGAGAUACAUUCACUGUGCCCAUACUACAGCAGUCAAAGAGAAAGGAAAUAUUUCCUGUGAAUUCAUUUGAGGAGAAUUCUAGAAGAGGCACAUUUGUUGUUCAGAGAUUGAAAGAAGACUCCAAAUCUAAAACUGAUACCAAAUCAAUUGAAAAAGUUUCACUAAGUCCAAGCCAACAAGAAAGUGACACUAUUUUAAUCUCAAGGACAUUUAGUGUAGUGGAACCAAACCAAGAUAUUUUGAAGCCUGAGUUGCAGGGUAAUCAAAGUGAUAACUCUAAGGAAAUUGAAACUUGCUUAUCAGGCUGCUCAGUUGGUGUUGUGGAUGUGGGGACUUGUGGCCCAAAGGAACCCUCAGUAAAGAGCAGUUCUGAAGACAAAAGACUGCUUCUUUCUCCUUUGGUGUCUCAAAGGCACAAUGAUAAGAGUAAGCCUGUUCACCAUCCUUGUUCACAGGAGGAAGAUGCCACAUGUGUUUUACCAGAAGAUAUGGAGCUGACUUGUACUCUAGACACCUUAGUAGCUAGUCAGUCAAGAUCCUUAAUAACAACAGAUCCAGUGGAUGGAACUCAUCAUCCACAAGGAUCAUCAGUGGAACAAAACCAUAGAUCACAAGCCAAACUAGCUGAAAAGGUUGAACUAUCAGGAGAAAAAUCCAUCACUUCAGUGGCAACACUUGACCAUGAGCAAACAUUUAGUGAAGAUAAUGAUGAUGACCCAGAGUAUGUUCCAUCACCAAAUAAACAUAAUAGAAGAAAAAAUAAACAAAAAACUGGUGGAAAUUUGCAUGGGAAAAACAGAAAAGAAAAAAUAUUCCUAAUUUUCGAUUCUUUUCCAAUAAGGGUGGCUACAUAUCUAGUAAUUCUAAGACCAAGAAAGUUGAUAAUCAGGCAGGUGGAAAAUCUGUUGAGCCAACCCAAACCGAUAAGCUGCAUUUCUCAGUGUACGAUUUGUCUUUGAAUGAAUCUAAUGCUCAACCAAAUGCAGUUCCUCCUGAUACAGAGCAGGACAAGAUCAGAUCAGUUGUUGAAAAAAAGAAUGCUGAAGACGAGUUUCUUGUUGAUAAUGCUAAGUGUUUAGUGAAGAAACGUAAG